AUGUACAUGUGUCGUGCCAGGCUUAUGCAGGUUGCCCCAUCGCUGUGGAGCACCUGGCACCGCACCCCUGUUAUUGCAGGUUGGUUUAGAGCUCUUGGGGUCCUUCAGUUCUGCCGGCGGGCUUUGCAGAUGUUUAGGCCAGCUGUCGAUCGACCUCGUUUGAACCUUGCGCAGCGAAUCUCUCGAGGGCUCGCAAGGCCACGCGGAUGGCAAGUCUGGGCCAAUAUGCCCCCUGCGGGGUUCGUUGAUCAUAAUGCUGAUGAGGUUUUGCCCUUAGUCUCGGACGACGACGAUGAGCCUGGGGCGCGUCCCCUCACGAUUUGUGUCCUCACCCCCGAGUUUGAGCCGGAGGUUGUGCCUACUAGGUUGCCGGCUGGGGCUACCCAGGAUGAUGUGCUAUGGGCCCUCAGACGGCGCAGGAUGGAUUUUCGGGGUCGGGUUUUCCCAAUGGUGGUGUUGCCGCACUGUCAGGCUGCCCGAGGCUGGCUCAUCACCCUGGCCAUUCCGUCAUGGGCUAUCGUCGAUACCUUUGCUUACUUCGACCUGAGGGCAGUCGAUGGACGCCUCUUUGCUGAUAGCGUGCCCUCCACAAUCGACAGGCAGAGGAUCCUGCGGUUUGCUGGUCUCGAUGAAGCUGGCGAUUGGGAUGUGUUUGUUGGUGAUUCGUUGCACCCUCUAGUUGAUCUGCAGGAGAUUGCCGUCUCUACGGGGACCCUCUUUGCUAUUUCGUCUCGGGAUGGCCGCAGGGAUCAGGUCUCCACCGUCUAUGAGGUUUUAGCGGAGACAGCACACUGGGAGGAACGCCCCGCGAUCCCAGUAGGACAGGGUCGUAAUGUUUGCGCUGUUUUGGACCAGGGUCACAGACGACUCCGUAGAAUAGGAGAUCAGGGCGCUCUUGCUGAGAUCUUCGAGUCAUUGUCCCUUCGAGCUGACUCGGCGCGGAUCUGUCAUGCUCACCCUUUGACGCGGGAUGUGACCAUGAAAGGUUUUGCUUGCCAAGAAGUUCUUGCCGUAAUCAGUCCAGGCGAUGCAGGGGUGGCGAAUGCUCCCAUGGGCCCGGCCUGUAUUUUCGACUGCCGAGGGCUUCUUCAAGGUUGGCUUCUUUGGCCCUUCACAGGCAUAGGUCCCUGCUGCGCCGAUGUCCGUGAUCUCUUAGAAAUGUUCAUGCCGCCCUCAUGGGAGUUAUAUAUUGAAGGCGCCUCUAGGGUGCAGGAUGGCUGUUGGCCUGCAGUUGAUGGCCAGAUCUUCUGGGCCUCUUUCAUUCCCGCUGAAAUUGCCAGUGAGCCUGGCGCAGGGAUGCACGAAGAGGACGAUCAGCCUGAUGAUUCUUCAGACGGCGAGGCUGAUGCGUCGCCUGAUCCGGCUCCACCAGGCGCAGAUACAGCUUACAGGAGACGGCGUCGUAGUCGAUCCCCACGACGCCCGGCCGAUACUCAGGCUGGUGUCGAGGCCCGCAUGAGUCAAUCCCCAGAGGUGCUUCUUGAGCAUUUUGCAGCAGGGCCGCCGCCUGAGGACACGGGAUUGCUCGGAUCAGGCCCCGUUGCUGACGGCCCCGUAGGGGGAGCGGGCUGUGCCACAGAUUUCUUUGACCUUACUGCCGGGCAGUGCUCGCUGCCCGUCUCUGAGCAACAGGUUGCGCGACUCCUGGACAAGCUUGAAAUGAGACACUUCCGUCCACCUCCACGCCAUGCUCCGGCCCCGCACCGUUUUUCAGCGUGGCUUGCCGAUGGGUGCGUUGGUCGCUCCCUCGCGCCUGGGGAGUCGAUUGUCUUCACGGCUGAUGGGUCUUACUGCCCUGCCACAGGCAAAGCUGGAUGGGGUGUGGUAGUUAGUUUCCAGGGUACCUCAGGGUCGAGUCCGGGACAAUUUGUGGGCUGUAUCUUCGGCCACAUAGCGGCUUCUGACCACACCGUUCCUCUGUCGGCCUAUGUGGCGGAGGUGUGUGCACUCUGGUGGGCCAGUGUUGCUGCCCUGCAAAUGCCCACCCCCGGGCCGAUUAUUUUCAGGGCUGAUAACAUUGCUGCCUUGAACGGGGUCCAGGGCUGUGACGCGAUGCCUGGGGCUCCGGUAUGCGCCGCGGCCAGGGCCUUCCACUUUUCGGUUGGGGCUGGCACCUCGCGGCAAGUUUCCUAUGUGCAUGUUCAUGGACAUCAAGGCGACCCUGCUAACGAAAUGGCGGAUGCUAUCGCCAACCUUGGCGCGGGGGGCGAGACGUUAUCCAGCCCUUGCAGACUUGAGAUGGGGUUUUGGUUGCGCGAGGAUGCGGCUGCCGCCCGUUGGCUACCACAUGUAAUGCUCAGCCAGGCCGUUCCCUCGCAGUUGUCGCCUCUUCGACAGGAUGUGUUCACUUGGAACAUGCGCCAGCCCGAGGCGCGCCUGUCUGCCGCACAGAUUAUGCGUCCGUUCACUCGGCCAUUGCAAGGUCGGGCGAGGGCCAACCCUCAGUCGGCCCGCGCCUUUGUCUGUCGGUUUGUUACCUACAACGCGCUCUCACUCCUCGAUCCAGGGGAGACAGCUGCGGGGAGGUCUUUGUUGGUCAUGCUCCUCACCGUGGCCAUAGUGAGGCCACGCGACUCCAGUGGUGGGCAGAAUCAGCUAGGCUAUGCCGAGCUGCUUCCAGUCUCGACCUCUAUCGGGGACCACCAAUGCGAUCAGCAAGACUCGGCCGGCUCAGAUUUCCAUGGUCUGCUGAAGGAUUGCCAGUCGUGGGUCCCUGCGACCUUUGCCCAGCACAUGGAAGGACGCGGUGGCACCUUGCUGCAGAAGCUCAAUAAUGAGUUACAGCGGGGUGAUUAUGUCGCAAUACCCGCGGGCUGGCAUCAGUGGUCUGUGAGGUCUUGGGUAGACCCCGCGGUGACCUCUGGGCAUGCGGCUCCGGAUCAUUUCGCCAGUGUCGUUGAGUGUCAUUUUGCUUGGGCUGGCGGCAGCAAGAAGCUCCCACCUGCACGUAUUGACCCUGCAGCACUCCUCGAUACGGCCAACCACGGCAGAGUUGAAGGGAUCUUGCAGGCUGCGCCCCCCGUGAGCUGGGACACGAAUGUCAGUGAUCACGCCUCGAUCCUGGCGGAAUACUUGUACACUUCCUUGGCUGAGGCAUUCCCGCUGAAGGCCCGCCGCAUGCGCCUUUCUUUCUUGUCGGCGGAGACGAGCACACUGCAUGCGCAUGCUGCGGCCCUCCGGCACGCCCUGCGGGGACGACUGGAGGCUCUUCGCUUAGCGCGACUCCGAUGUGCUUUCCUUGCGUGGCGGAGCCCAGCGGGCUGCUACGCCAGUCUCUUCCAGGGACGAUGGCUCAGGCAGCUGUGUCAUGUGAUUGCCGCCCUAUCCGAUCGGAUCUCAGUUGUUGGCAAGAGGCUUCGGCGAUUCUGCCGUGCGGAUAAACGCAGGCAUGUUGAUAGUCUGGCGGAUCAACUAGGGCAGGCGAGGCAAGGGGAGGUGCACAUUGUCCUUAAACGCCUGCUACGUCCUAAGAAGUUCAGAAGGCGAGGCCCGGCGCCCCUCCCCAAGCUAAAGACAGCGGAUGGUCGCAUGUGUACCACGCAGGAACAGGUCGUGGAGACCUGGAGGAAGCACUUUUCCGACCUGGAGGGCGGGGUACGGGUCUCGGUGCAGGAGCUUGUGGACUUUGGGAUCGCCUCGCAGAGGCAGACCGGCGCGAUGGAGGUGCUUCAGGCCGCGGAGGUCCCGGAUUUGGUUAAGCUAGCGGCCACGUUUAGGGAUGUCAACCCGCAGAAGGCCUGCGGGCCGGACAUGAUACCCCCCUCGCUAUGCAGGGGAUUUGCUAGCCAGAUGUCGGUCCUUUUUUAUCCCGUGCUGCUUAAGACUUUGGCCUACAUCUCAGAGCCCAUCGGGAUGAAGGGGGGGUCCUUAUUUAGGAUCCCCAAACCGGGGGCUGCGGACACAGCCUCAUGCAGCUCCCAGAGAGCCAUUCUCGUGCAGUCGGUUCUGGAGAAGGUCCUGCAUAAGUCGGUGCGGGGGCUUACUGUUCGGGAACUCGAGCUCAAGGCUCCCGCCCUGCUGAUUGGAGGGCGCAAAGGCCUAAGUUACACCAUGGGAUUCUUCUGCGCUCGCUCCUUUCUGGAGUUCACCCGCCGCAAACAGAUACCCGCCGCCAUACUCUUCAGUGACAUUAGUGCGGCAUAUUACUCUGUCGUCCGCGAGCUGCUGACUGGCGGCAAGUUGCAGGACGCCUCGUUGGAGGAACUCGCUGCUUCUUUGUCGCUGUCAAAUGAGGAUCUUCAAUUUAUGCAGUCCGUCCUCGCGGAGGAGCCGGUAUUGAACGGGGCGGGGUCGCAUGAUCUGUUGGCUGCUCUGACGCGGGAGCUUCAUAGUGGGACAUGGUUCCUGAUGCAGCAAGAUGACCAGAUUGUGCGGACACGCAGGGGGACGAGGCCCGGCAGUAGCCUGGCCGAUGUCCUCUAUGCUCUUCUGUUCAUUCAGGUUCUUAGACGCCGCGGAAAUUUCUCCGAGCUCGGCCUUCGCCCCAUGGUACCUUGGAGCGGCAUCCGGGAUUUGGCUCCCUUUGAUGGCCGGGUCGCUGGCGCAACCAGCGUGGAGGUACAAGAUCUCAUUUACGCCGAUGAUUUGGCCACUUGCAUCGUCGCCGCAACUGCGGGGGCGUUGCCUCAGGCGAUUCAGGACGUCGCCAGCCAGUCCUUUGACACGCUGGCUGGGCAUGGCCUACGUUCCAACAUAGGGCCGAAGAAGACUGCUGCUUUGAUGUCUGUCGUUGGCGCCGGCUCCCGUGAGGUCCGCCGUGCGGUUUUCACAGAAGGCCGUGGCCGGGUUCCGGUGCUUCGUGAAAGGGGGCCAGGCGUCUGGCUGGACAUAGUAUCGCAGUAUCGCCACCUCGGCUCGGUUAUAGUGCACGAUGGGUCUUUGGUUGCGGAGAUAAAGGCCAAGCUGCAGGCGGCUCGCACCUGCUUUCAUGAAGGCAAGGCCCAGGUCUUCUGUGCCCCAUGCGUUGCACUGGCCAGAAGAGUUAAGCUCUUUCGCGCGCACGUCCUGUCCACGCUCUUCGCGGGAGCGGGUGCUUGGCCGUUGCUGUGCAAGACCAGCUGGCGGCUGCUUGAGACCGGCCUCUACAACAUGAUUCGGCAGCUGUUGCGGUUGAAGCCGGACCAGGAUCAGCGAUGGACCCACCAUCAGAUGUUGGCUGCCGUGGGCUUGCCGACUUUGGAGGGAUUUUUAGCCCUCGAGCGGUUGCGCUUCCUCGCGCAACUUGUGCGGGGAGGGCCAGAUGCGGCUUUCGCCCUCCUACAGCAGUCACCCCGGGCACUAGGGGCUUUCAAGGAGGCGGAGCAGUGGAUCCUGCAGGCAGUCGGAGCUACUGGAGCCCCUGGCACGUUUGGCGAACAGUGGCCCGCCUGGGAGGCUUUAUUUGCUCAGGCACGAUAUCAGCGCUUUGUCCGCGACCAUUGGGAGCGGCUGCCUUCACCGGUUGUGGAAGUGCCGGCAACUACGCACGCUUGCCUGGAGUGCCGGGUGGCGUUCGCUGGCGUUUCGCUGUUGGGCGACGCUGUCAAGCAUGCGGGGCGAUUUUUCCGACGCAUCGCCAGUACCAAAGGAGCUUUCGACUCGGCAGAGAGCAUUUUCCAGACUGUCAUUUCAUGCCACGGCUGCCUCCUCGGCUUCGUCGACGAUGCUCUGCUGGCUUUGCAGCCAGAUCUGUGGUGCGAGCACGCCUCUAAUGCCCCUAG